UACUCCAGAAUUAUAUUUCGAACCAGAAUUUGAAGAUGAUAUCGUAAAGAUAAUUGAACUCGCCAAGCGAAAUAAUAAGAAUGUUAGAGCGAUUGGUGUGGCCCAUUCACCUUCGGAUCUGCCAUUUUCUGAUGGGUAUAUAAUUAAUAUGACUAAAUUAAAUAAAGUCAUUGAGGUUGAUCCGGAAGCAAAAACUAUAACUGUAGAAGCUGGAAUGAAACUAUCUCAAUUAAAUGAAGAACUUAUAAAACAUGGAUUGGCAUUGAGUAAUUUGUGUUCUAUUUCUGAUUUAACCAUUGCUGGUAUGAUUUCUACUGCAACUCAUGGAACUGGAAUUAACUUUGGAUGCUUUAGUACGCAGAUUAAAUCUUUAACAUUGCUUACUGGAUCUUGUGAUAAAAUGUAUU